CGGAAGCAGCCUCGGCUUUCACUGCCUGUGUUUUGUGACAGUAAAAGCUUCGUAGAAGAAGCGCCGGAGUUGUGGGAACUUUUGUCCCGGCUGCUGUGACCGUGGGGGGCAGGCGGGGAGAGCCGGUGGACCACCGGCGAGCUGAAACAUGGGCCUCGUGGCGAGGAUACGAAAGGAGUGGUUCAUCGUCGGGAUCGUGCUGGUCAUCUUAUCGGCCAAGCUGCAGCCCAGCAUCGGAGUGAAAGGAGGUCCUUUAAAGCCGGAGGUCACCGUAGCGUACAUCGCCGUCUCGCUCAUCUUCUUCAACAGCGGCCUGUCGCUAAAAACGGAGGAGCUGACCAGUGCGCUGCUUCACGUGCGGCUCCACCUCUUUGUUCAGUCCUUCACCCUCAUCUUCUUCCCACUCGCCAUUUGGCUGCUGCUCAAGGUGCUCGCACUGACCGCCAUCGACCAAUGGCUGCUCAGAGGGUUACAGACGGUGAGCUGCAUGCCCCCUCCGGUCUCUUCCGCCGUUAUUCUCACCAAGGCUGUCGGAGGCAACGAGGCCGCCGCCAUCUUCAACUCUGCUUUUGGAAGCUUCUUGGGAAUCGUCGUCACUCCUCUGCUGCUGCUGCUCUUUCUCGGCUCCUCGUCCUCCGUUCCCUUCUCCUCCAUCUUCUCUCAGCUCUUCAUGACGGUGGUGGUGCCUCUGAUCCUGGGUCAGGUGUGUCGCGGUUUCCUCAGGGAGUUUCUGGAAAGGAAAAAGCCCCCGUUCGGCGCCAUCAGCAGCGCCGUCCUCCUCAUGAUCAUCUACACCACCUUCUGCGAAACCUUCAGUAACCCCAGCAUCGAGCUGGACCCUACCAGCCUGCUGCUGGUCGGCCUUAUCAUUUUCUCCAUCCAGAUCAGCUUCAUGCUGCUCACAUUUGCCUUUUCCACCAGGCCAGGCUCCAGGUUCAGCCCCGCGGACACCGUCGCCAUCAUGUUCUGCUCUACACACAAGUCUCUAACCCUGGGUAUCCCCAUGUUGAAGAUCGUGUUUGAGGGCUAUGAGCACCUGUCUCUGAUCUCAGUCCCUCUCCUGAUCUACCAUCCGGCUCAGAUCCUGCUCGGCUCCGUCCUCGUGCCGACCAUCCGCAGCUGGAUGACCAGCCGGCAGAAGUCUAGUCUGUUGUUGCGAUAAGGCUGCAUGCCAACACUUCUGUCUGACCCGAGCGGUGAAGCUGUCAGCGCUGCAGCCCAUCUGACGAGGAUGAAAUGUUGGCUUUUGUGAAGUUACUGGUGUCUCGUACAAAAGGGAACUAUGGUGGAGGAUUGCAGUAGUCACACGUGCCUUAUUGCUACCAAUCAACGAAGACCUCAGCCUAGCGGAAAGAACGAGAGGAACCGCGUGCCUCAGUCAUUUUCUUUCUAUGAUGAGCAAAGACUCCUCUUUCCAGCAUAUAUAUGGUUUUAUAUUAAACUAAGUGCGAGUUCUAUUUUUAUAUGGAUUUUGGAGACAGAAGGAUGAAGUUAUUUGGACCAGUCUUUUCUCUUUUCUGUUGUUUUCAACAUUUUUCUACUUUCCCACUAGCGGUCGCUGCCUGCGUCAGUGUUUGUUACAUGAACUAUCUGGAUUAUCUGAUACUUAAUAUACAGUAUUGUAACAGCCAAUUGGAUUUUCGACACUUUCUAAAAUGCCGUUUGUCUUACAAGUAGUUUUUACAUUAAUACUGGAGUAGUGAGUCCAAGUUUACAGGUCAAUUUUUUUUGUUUUUUUUUAAUAUUUAAUGACUUGGUUCACUUGUUUUUUUUUAUCUCAGUUUAAUUCCUGGCCUGCUUCCCUCAGAUUCUAACCAAAUCUGUCACCCAUAAGGGCAUUUAUGUCUCGGACCAAUAAGGAGAGCUUUGGGCUCUCAGUAAGGAUCCUGUUAAAUAGUAACAAAGCACAAAAAAAGCAGGAAUGGGUAAAGCUGAUAUUAUUGUUUGGUAUGAGAUACCUGCCAGUCUGUUAUUAUUGGCAUUUAAUAUUGCAAAAUUUAAAAAGUAAAGAGAUGGGGGACAAUUUUCUUACAAUGUCUUGACAUUGCAGAUUUUUUCCUGGGGGGGCACUCUGCAACGUUCCUGUUGACACGCGCUCAGAAUUCCGCAAACAAUCAGAGCAGGCAGAACGUGAACAAGUAAAUAAAUCACUAGAUAUAAGAAAUGUUAAAGAAAGCGAAAGCGGAGUUUUAAACCACCAAAUAUCAGUAUCAGUCUCAGAAAUCCUGCAUCACUCAAGCUCUAGAAUAAAGAUCUAAAUAAACCUCUGAACAUAGCUGUAGAAUAUGGUAUUAUCUAAGGAAAUAAUAUAGUUGAUUAUAUCUGUAUAUCACACCAACCAAAGUCUACAGUAAACACGUAAAUGUUUUUU